AUGACGCCAGCAGAGCAACAAGAACAGGAACGUGUUGAGCGAUCCUUACAGCGCGCUAUUGUUAAACGAGAUAAGCAUGUUAAUCAGAUGUUAAUCUUGUUUAACUUAUCAAAGAUAGUUGAGUCUGAUCCGUCAUCAUUACCUAUGUUCGAUGCGCGUAAGCGGGAUUUGGAAGCACUCAUGUCAGAUUUUCGCCUCGACCAGGAGGACGUUAUGGAUCGAAUGGUAGAGCUAGGGCGGAUUGAGGAGUUCAUACGGGAACAUAGUGUCAUUGAAACUGUUGUCACCGAACAAUAUUAUUCUAUACAAGCCGUGGCGGGUGCGAUGGCCUGCUGUAAAUUGGAUUCGGUAAUCAGAUCAGGCUCUCACAUUAAUUUACCAAAAAUUGAGUUACCGCACUUUAAUGGUGACAUAAUUAAUUGGCGGUCUUAUCGUGACACAUUCACAUCGCUUGUCCACGAAAAUCCAGAUCUUAACAGUGUUGAGCGAUUUCACUAUUUAAUUGCUUCAGUCUCUGGAGCUGCGAGUACGGUGGUACGUUCAGUCCCUCUUACUGGUCCCAAUUAUGAAGUUGCCUGGAAUGCAUUGCAUGAUCGAUUUGACAGUACGCGUCUCAUACUUCACGCGCACUUGGACAAGUUAUUCGGAUUUUCUCCCAUAAAAAAUGAAUCUCUAACUGACCUAAAUAACUUUUUAGAUGUAUUCAAAGAGAACACAGCUGCGAUCAACGCUCUAGGUGUGCAUGAUCUGUCCGGUUUUCUAUUAUUCUAUAUCGCGUCGCGUGUCCUGGAUAGUUCGACGAAGCGUCUCUUCGAGGCUGGUCGGGGCACACAUGAUCUUCCCACUCUAAAUGAUUUGUUAAUAUUCAUACAAUCUCGGUGCAAAGUUCUACAAAAUAGUUCGAUGUCAGACGCCGAAAUAAAACCUGCAGCUUUCACGUGCCAAAAUCCUGCAAUUUCAAGAUCAUCGUUAUUGGCCACAGCCAAGGAUCACGAGCCUCAUUGCUAUGCGUGCCAAGGGACACACUAUGUAUACAAAUGUGAGAAGUUUAAGGGACAAACCACAUCAGCACGAUUUCAGCUGGUAAAGUCCAAAAACAUGUGUUCAAAUUGUCUCAGUGGUUCCCAUGCGGAUUUCACAUGUCCGUCGAAGUAUUCGUGUCGAACCUGUUCCGGAAAACAUCAUUCGUUGCUGCACUUCGAAUCGCGAAAGCGCCAGGCUGGCACUAAUUCAAAUAACAAUGCACCCGUGGUUCCCUCGUCGUCGGCACCCCCCGUUGGUAAUCUACCAAGCACCGAUGACACGUCAUUUGUUGGUACCGUUAGCAGCGGCAAUAUGAGUGUUCUGGGCACAGCUGUGAUUCGGAUGUGCAACCAACAGGGACAAUGGGUACCAGUCCGUGCAUUAAUAGAUUGUGGAUCACAAAUAUCUGCUAUAACAAUAAAGUGCGCAACACGACUUGGUCUCACCCGGUGCAAUCGUAAAAUCAACGUAGUCGGAUUGUCACAGAGCCCUGUAGUCUAG